UUAUAAGAGUGAAGUGCUACCCUGUGUGCUGGAAGGGCUGUGGUGUGGAAGGCCUGGCGUGAAGUAAGUCCCUCGGGGUGUUGACAGCUCAUCACGUUCCCCUGUGGCAGGAUUUCUCUCAGGCCCCAGAGUGAGUGCGGGCGUGAACAGUGCGCGCCCCGUCCCCCGUGAACCAGGGCGUGACAGUUGUGGGCGGGGCGGGAGAGAGACAGCCGUGCGCCGGGGAGGGAGGGGCGUGGCGCGGGCGUGGUAGUGGGCUGGUGUGUGCGGUGUGGGGUGCUGGGUGUGGGUGAGGGCCAGCUGGUGUGUGGCGGCUGGCUGGCGUGAGUGCGGGUCAGCGGUCUCGGGGCGGGGCGGGGCGGCCAGCCACACACUUGCCCCGUGACCGCCGUCCCUGCCGGUCACGCGGGUAAUCGAUCCCCGCCGCGAGUGUCAGGUGACCGCCUCACGUGCCCGGCCGUGAUGGAGGACUACGACGAGGACCUCGGCGCCAACGUGUUCUUCUGUGCGGUGCGGGACCACCACCGCGGCGUGCUGCAGCGGGCGGCGGCGGGCGGCUGGCUGCUGUGCGUGCCCCGGGCCGCGGCGGCGCCCCCGCCCCCCCUGGACCAGGCCGUGCUGGAGGCCCACGUGCUGGUGCCGUGCCCCGAGGCGCCGGACAGCUCCUUCAGGACGCUGGGGGGCCGCGGCGUGGAGGUGCAGGCGGCGGCGCUGGUGCUGGGGGAGGGCCCGGCGGGGGGGGCGCCGCGCCGGGUGCGGGUGCUCUUCACCGAGACCUUCUACGACGAGGCGCUGGGCCGCUACAAGGCCGUGUGCGUGGAGGAGGCGCUGCACGGGGCGCCCACGGUGCCGCCCCUGCCCCAGCUGGCGUCCCUACGGGAGUGUGUGGAGCUGCUGUGGGCCCAGGCCGGGGGCUCCGCGGGCCUGGCCAGGCUGGACGCCCUGCUGGCAGGGUUCCUGGCCGCCCACCCCCAGCUGGAGGAGGAGGAGGAAGGUACUGGGCUGCGUGACCUGGUGGGGGAGCUGUACUGUGAAGCCCUGCAAGUGGUGCUGGGGGAGGGGGCAGGCCAGGGGGAGGCCGGGGGGGUGCUGGGGCUGGCCGUGGAGAGCUACCUGAUGCACGCUCUGCACGCCAAGCUGAUCCGCUGCCUGGCCUCCUACCGCGCCGAGGAGGACGCCCGCUUCAACCGUGCCCUGAGAGGCCUCAGUGACCUGCAGCCCUCGGACCUUGGCCUGGGCCCCGAGCUGGCCGGCGGGCUGGUGCGGGCCACGCUGGAGUUGUCCGGCCUGGGGGGCCACACCACGCCCCUGGGAAAGCUUGGCUGCCUCAAGAGGGCGGUGGUCCAAUUGGGCCGUGAGGCGGGGCCGGUGUCAUCGGACCAGCUGCUGCCGGCGCUGGUGGUGGUGGUGGUGCGCACGGGCCUGCCCACCUGGCCGGCACAGCUGGCCUUCCUGCGUCUCUUCCGCUUCUCUGCCCCGGCGGGGGGCGGCGGGGAGCACGACUUUUACUUGUCCUCCCUGGAGGCAGCGCUGCAGCACAUUGCCUCUGGGGCCUUGCUGGGACCGCCCUGCCCCGAGGCCGACAGUGUGCUGCGGCCCGACCCUGGCCCUCAAGAGGCCAUGACAACUGGUGCUGUGGAGGAGGCCGGCCGGGACCCCUGCGCCCGCUACUUUGAGUGUGUGCGGCUGGGCCUGGUGGAGGAGGUUGAGGCCUUGCUGGACGGCCAGGGCCGGCCACCGAGGGACGAGGGGGCCAUGGAGGACAAGAAGGCCCAGCUGUGCCACCCGCUGUGCCACUGUGAGCGCUGCGAGGCCCUGAUGCACCAGCCCCAGGAGGACCCCUGGCCCACGGUGGCCAUGGAGGACCCUCUCGGCCGCACCGCUAUGCACCUGGCCUGCAUUUUUGGCCGGCCAGCGCUGGUGGACCUGAUGGUGGCCCGCAGUGCGGAUCUGGAGGCCAAGGACCAGCGCGGGGCCACCCCCCUGCACCACGCAGCCCUGCGGGGCCACCAGAACGCCCUGCUGCUGCUGCUGCACGCCGGGGCCGACAUCAACAGUCUGGACGGGGAACAGAACACGGCCCUGCACCUGGCGGCUGUGCAGGGCCACCCGGCCUGCGUCAAGGCCCUGCUCUUCUAUGCAGAGUCCGUGGGCCGCCACCUGGAGGUGAAUAGUCAGAACACGGCCCUGGACACCCCGCUGCACCUGGCCUCCCGCUGGGGCUACCUGGCCAUCGUGGAGCAGCUGCUGGACCGUCUGGUGGCCCUCGGCCUGCCCCUCAACGUGGCCAACCGUCGCCGCCUCACACCCAUUGAGUGCGCCCACAACCAGCCCAUCGUGCGGGCCAUCCUGGCCGCCCGCGCCAGGGCCACUGGCCAGGGGACUGCAGGCAAGCCCAGGGCCAAGCUGGUAGCAGCCAUGGCCCCUACCCCACCAGGCACACACCUGGGGGGGACGGCAAGGGCCCUGCAGGGGCGGCGGCCACCGGGGGUCAACCGGGCGGCCAGUGUGGAGAAGAUGCUGAAGGCCGUGCGUGUUGGGGACGAGCGGCUGGCCUGCUUCUACCUGGGGAUAGAGGACUGUGGCCCCGCCCCGGCCACCUCCACCACCGUGCUCCAGCAUAGCCCCGCCCCGGCCGCCCCCGCCACCGUGACCCAGGACAGCCCUGCCCUGUGCCACCCACUGUGCCAGUGUGUCAAGUGUGUGGCCAGGGCCCCCCGAGGCCAGGGUGGCGGCCGAGGGGCGGCCCACGGUGUGGCCAUCAACACCUGCGACAGCCAGGGCCGCACCGCCCUGCACGAGGCCGUGACAGCCGGCCACGAGGGGCUGGCCGGGCUGCUGCUGCGUUAUGGCGCUGACCCCAAUGCCCAGACCCUGGACCAGGGGCUGUCCCCCCUGCACCUGGCUGCCCGGGGGGGCACUCCCCAGAUGGUGGCCGAGCUGGCCCAGUACGGGGCCAACCUGGACCUGCAGGACACCCUAGGCAACACAGCGCUGCACCUCAGCUGUGCCGCCGGCCAGAGCGAGACCAUGAGGGAGCUGCUGCGCCUCGGGGCGGCGCGGGGCAUGGCCAACCUGGCCGGCCGCUCCCCCACCCAGGAGGCCGAGGAGCACGGCCACUGGCGCCUGGUGGAGAUACUCCUCGGGAAGGCCGCUCCCCAGUAGUGGCCCGCCCCGCCCCGGCCUGCCCCAGGACCCACCCUGCUCUGUGAUCUUUGGGCCCAUGUUCUCAGGCAAGACCACGGAGCUCAUGAGGCGGCUGAGGCGCUACCAGCUGGCCACACACAGCUGCCUCGUCGUCAAGUACGCCAACGACGACAGACGACACUCCCUUUGGUCACCUGCUGGAACACCCCUGACCUUGCAUCCUCACUUCAUUCUCUUGGAAAUACCAGAAUGGCAUUAAAAGAAAGGGAGAAAAAUAUAUACAAAAAACUAUAGAAAGAUAUUAUAUUAAUCUCCCUGGAUACACUAAAACAACCCUUAGUUUUCCUCCCCUCAAAGGUACGACAAUAUAGGAAUCGCGACGCACGACAAGCAGGUCCUCCCAGCCAUCGCCGCCACCAGACUGGGCGGCCUCAGGGACACCGCCAAGGCCUACACCAUCAUCGGGAUUGACGAGGGACAGUUU